AGCUACCGCACCCAAACACAAUAUAUUGUAAGGCCUGGUGUUGGUAGUGGGUAUUGGCGUCUGAGCGGUGGGAGCUGGGCCAUCGGGGCAGCGGACACCAUUUUCAUAGCUGGGAUCGCGGCCAAAGGGGGCGAGGACAGCAGUGCAUAGCUGGUGCGGUGGCCAUUGCGGGGACCGGGACAGCAGGGUUUAUAGCUGGGACAGCACUUCAAGGCUGGGACAGCAGGGAGGGUUUAGAGUUUUAGUUUGAUAUGUCUGGAACGGAGGAGGACGCAACUCUGAGCGCGAGGUUGGAUGAGGCGCUACGAGCUAUAGAGGAGGCCAAGGCUGAGACGAAGGAGGCCAAAGCUGAGACGGAGGAGCUUAGGGCAGCACAGCGGCGGUCUGCGGGUGCACCUGCCGGCAGCAGCUCAGGAGGCGACGGUCUAGUUGCUCCUGGAGGGGCUUCAUCCGCACCGGUGAGGCCAAUGUGGCCACGCGGGGUGAGUCAUGAUGGCGGUACUAGGGUGCCGGGUUUGCCUCUGGGAGGUACAAUUGUCAGAACUCCUGUGCCUAGAAUCCCGCCUAAUUGCACCGCCGACACUUUUCUCAGUUGGCGGAGACGCUUUCUGGCCUACGUGGACAACCACAAUCUCCAGCACACAAUCUUCGGCAGUGCUGAGGUUCCCGUUGUCAGUUGUCAGGAUGAAGGAUACUUGACACGCCAGUAUGGUGCACAGCUGGUUGUUGAGCACAAGAGGACAUGGAGUUUUAUCUUGGAGGCAGCGGUGGGGGCCCCAUUUGAGAACAACCUGUACUCUUGCCAUUCCGUGGCAGAGGCGUGGAGGAUGAUGGAGGAUUGGACGUCGUGCGUGGUCGAUAUGCCACGCUCAAGGCCAGCGAGAUGA